UAGAUUUGGUGAAGCAAGUGUUAACUGGAUUAUUCAUGAAUCGGGGAUCAGAGACCCUCCCUCCAUCCCUCCCUGUUCUCAGAGGCCAUUUUAUACAGUGAAUCACCUAACGGUACAACAUAACUGGCACCACGCAGAUUCAUAGUUCGUCGAAUUCAUCUCUUUAUACGCGGCAAAAGAAGAUCCACAUUUUCCAUGGACAUCUUCAAGAGUCACUCUGGGGCGAAAGAUAACCCCUUGAUGCAGUAUGUCCUCAAUCAUUCAAUGAGGGAGCAUCCGGCCCUGAAAAAACUCCGACUGAGGACGAUGGAUGAUUCCUGGAACUUCAUCAUGGUUGCCGCUGAGCAGUCUCAGCUGAUGGCUAACCUGGCGAGACUCAUCAAAACCAAGAAGGCUAUAGAAAUCGGAGUAUACACAGGGUACAACACUCUGAGCAUAGCGCUGGUUCUGCCAGACGACGGGAAGAUGGUGGCCUGUGACAUCAAAGACGAAUACCCCAACAUCGGCAAACCCUUCUGGAAAGAGGCUGGAGUGGAACAUAAAAUAGAUCUACGCAUCCAGCCGGCAUUGAAAACUCUAGAUGACCUCCUGGCCAAUGGCGAGGCCGAGACAUUUGACUUCGUCUUCAURGAUGCAGACAAAGCAAACUAUGACAACUACUAUGAAAAAUCKCUCCAGCUAGUGAGGAAAGGAGGCAUUAUUGCCAUUGAUAACGUUCUGUGGAGUGGUAAGGUGGUAAACCCUGCAGCUGAUGACAUUGACACCCAGGCCAUUGACAAGCUGAACAAGAAGUUGUACCGGGAUGUCAGGAUCAACAUCAGCAUGCUCACUGUGGGWGACGGCGUSACACUGGCCUUCAAACUCUAACACMAUGUAGGAGACAGGUCUUAAAACUWUAGUACUAAAUGGGAGAUUGGCCAACACUGGUCUGUACUGUAGUAUCAAAUACCUUUGGGUUAUAAUUGACCAACACUGGCCUUUACUGUGGUAAACUGUAGUACCCAAUUACUGAGAAGUAGCUUUACGUUAUGAUAAUCAGAUAGUACUUGCCAUCUUUUUGGUACAAGUGCUGACUUUAAGUUGUUUGUCAUUAAAUCCAUGUGUGUAAUGCUGCCCUUGAAUAUAUGUGACCUGAAAAGGAUUAAAUGAAAGAACUAGGACUGUCAGAAUCAGGUAA